AUGAGCGACCCCGGCGACUCCGGCUCCGAUGGCGACGACUACGAGAUCGACACGUUCCUCCCGCCGUUCGCGAACGCGGAGAACAAGGCGCUCGACGGCGUCGUCCGCGAGAAGCAGCGCGCGCUCGACGCGCUGCGCGAGGAUACGGAGGAAAACCGCGACCGCGUCGUCGUGAUGCGAGAGCACCUCAAGAACGUGAACCAGGAGCUCAUCUACACGCAGUCGCGGUGCGACGCGAAGAAAAAGGAGAUGGACACGGAGGCGCACAUGAAGCGGAUGUCCGAGCUCGCCAUCGCGCGCGUGCGAGAGGACGUGGCGAAGAUGGAGAAGGAAGAGAUCGAGCUCGGCGAUGAGCUGGCGACGCUCCAAACGGAGGUGCACAAGGGCAACGAGAAGCUGGACCAGUUCAAGCUGCUGAUGAACUGGAACAACGAGGAGCUCGAGCAGUGGGCGACCGCGAGCGCGCAGAAGGAGGAGGACAACCUCGCGCUGCUCAAGUAUCAACGCGCGGAUGAGGCGCGCGUGAAGGAGCUGACGUUGGCGAUCGAAAAGAUGACGAAAACCGCCGCGAAGAAGAAGGCGGCUCUGGACGACGAGGUCACGGACACGCAGGCGGCGCAGACGGAGCUCGAUCGCGCGGCGGAGGAUUUCCGGGCGCUGCACGCGGAGCGGCAAGAUCUCGUGAGGCAGUGGGAGGAGUCGGUGGAGAACAUGAAGCGUCGGGACGAGGCGAUUCAAGACGCGUCCAGACGGUUCGCCGCGCUAAAGAAGGAGCUCAGGCUGAAGAAGUCCGCCCUGGACGAGCGCGCGCGGUUCUACGAGCAAGAGGUGGCGAACAACAAGGAGGUGGACGCGUCCAUCACGGCGGCGGAGAGAGGCAUGGCGAAGAUGCGCGCCGAGUACCAGGUCAAUCUGAAGGAGCAGACGGAUCUUCAAGACGAGGUUGACCUGCUCAACAACACGAUGAAGUCGUUGGGAAGAGAGCUCGCGACGGAGAACACGGAGAACGCGUCCAAGCUCGCCGCGGUGGAGGCGAAGAAGCAGAAGCUCGAGAGCUUGAAGCGCCAGCUGGCGCGGACGGAGCUGAGGCUGGAGAAUGAAAAGAUCGAGCUGAUGACGUUGGAGGAGAGAAGCGCGGAGCUCGAUCGCAUCGCGGCCGAUAACGCGGACGAGCUCGACGCCGUGCGGAAAGAGGCUGCCGCGCACAAGGACCUCCUGUACAAGACGUCCCAGGAGCUGCAGCGGUUGCGGGACACCGAGCGCGGCCUCGUCGCGGAGAUUGACGGCGCGACGAGUCAGAACAAAAACAUGACGCAAAAAAUCGCGCAACUAGACGCGCUCGUGGUGAAGCAGCAAGAGCAGCUGUACAACGCGGAGUUUCAGAUCCAGGCGCUGGAGAGACAGGUGGCGCGCGCGGGCGGCGCGCGGUCGGAGGACGAGACCAGGGUGUUAAACGCGAAGAUCGCCGUCGCGGAGGGGAUCUUGAACGAGAGGAAAGCCGAGCACGACGUUCUCGUCGCCUCGGUGAAGAAAGCCGAGGACGACCUCGAGACGGCGAAGCGGAAGAACAAGCAGCUGAAGAGCGCGACCGCGAGCCUCGGCGGGGUCAUCAACGAGCUGAACCUCGAGGCGGACAGCGUCGCGAAGGCGGUCAAGGCUGUGGUGAAGGAGAAGGAGGAGAAGAUGGUGGCGCACGACGUUCUGAAGCUCGAGGUGAAGCGACUGAGAGACGCGCUCAACGAUCGAUCGGACGCGGUGUUCUCGCUGGAGAACCGGAAGUUCCAGCUGCAGCUGAGCAUGGACGAGCGGAAGCACGAGGUGGAGGUGCACCGCGAGCUGCUCGCCGCGCAGUUAAAGAUGACGAGGGAGGACAUCCACCGCGCGACGCUCGAGAUGAAGGAGCGGUCGAUGCGCGUCGGGAAAUUGCAGACGAAAUUCGAGGUGCUCGUCGGACGCGUCAAACGCCCGGACGGGCCCGACGGCGCGGAGUUCUCGCAGGCGUACUACGUCAUCAAGGCGGCGCAGGAGCGAGAGGACAUGCAGCGGCGAGGCGACGAGCUCGACGCGAACAUCCGAAAGGCGGAGAAGGAGGUCAAGGCGCUCGAGACGACGCUCGGGAAGAUCAACCAAAAGAACAACGUCUUCCGGGGGUCGAUCAAGCCGGUGAAGGACGACGGCGACGACGCGCUGACGGAGCGCGCGGCGCUCCGCGAGAAGCUCGACAACGCGUACGACAAGAUGAAAUUCAAGCGCGAGGAGGAGGCGACGCUGCAGAGGGACCUGGAGGCGUCGGAGGACCGGAUGCGUCGACUCGCGGAGGAGGCUGAGGAUCUCGACGCGUCUCUGGCGGAGCUCCGCGACGACGCCGCGGGGGGCGAGGACGCGCUGCGCGAGGCUGCGGAGGCGGCGGCGCGAAGCAGAGAGGAACUGCGGGAGGAGCAGGAGAAGUAUCGCGCGAAGGCUGGGCUCGCGGAGGGCGAGCAAGGGUUGGAGGAGCUCGACUUGACGUGCCAGGAGUUGAGGGAAGGGACGCGCGUGGCGGUGAGCGAGCUCAAGGCUGUCGCCGCAGCGCACCCGGCCCUCGUGGAGCUCCUCGCGGGGCACGGCGUGAAACUGCCGGGGGACGUCGGCGGGCGCGCGGCGUCGGAGCAGAGCUCGUACGUGUUGCAGUGAAAGACGACUAGCUCGCGUCGUGUUAUUCCACCGUAAGCGCGUCGUCGAAACGGAACGGAAGGCGUCCGACGCCGGCG